GCGGUAGUAGAUCGUCUACGUUAAGCGCGUCGUAUUAUCCCAAUAGUAUCGGUCACAGCAGGAAGUACUUGUUUAACGGAUAGUGUGUAGACAACAGGCAUUUUAGUUAUUCUCCCAAUGCUUUGACUAUACAGAUUGGUCCGUAUAUCGUCAAUCAGUCGCCCUUAUUAGUUGGCGCAGUUCGCUUCUCACUUGGAGUAGUGACACUGACCACUCGACAUGGCCAACAUCAGACUUGCUAUCCAUUUUCUUCUGAUAUUUUUCAUAUACGACAUCCAAAUACUUCAGACAGAUGCGGCACGUGAACCGCAAGUUUGUGGCCGUACUAAAUGUAAUGUUGGCAGCGAAGUGAAAUUCAAAUAUUUAAAAGGAAUAGUAUACCGAUAUCAGCAUCAAGUUGACGUUAAUAUUAAUUUGGGUAAUGGCUCAAGUACAUCGGAGCUGCAUAUUGAGUCGACGGUUUCCUUGAAAUUUUUGACACCUUGUGAAGCAGAUUUACGAGUAACCAAAACAAGUAUUCGUCAUGCGACUCGUGGAAAAUAUGACGCCGAAUUUCCCGAUCGCUCGGAGGCUGACUUCAAAGAAAAACUCGAACGUUACAGUCUUCGGUUCGCGUUUCAAGACGGUCAAGUUCGCGAACUGUGUCCUAAUUCCGAGGAUCCUAUUUGGGCGAUUAAUAUCAAGCGAGGGAUACUUUCGAUGCUGCAGAAUACCAUGAAGAGAUUCGACGUUGAUCAUCACACUGAUGAACUUGAUGUAAAUGGUAUCUGCGACACGCGUUAUCGGCUUCACGAGGCACGGAAAACUAGUCUCAUAAUUAAAAAGACUAAAAAUUUAAACGGCUGCAGUAAUCGCGGGAAACAUUUGUCUAUUAUUCAAUCCAAUACUUAUGCAAGUCCUCGAACUCACACACAAGCCGCGCUAGUUGAUUCUCAACUUAAUUGCGAGAUUGUUUUAGAUCACAAUAUUUACCAAAAGGUGACGUGUGAAGAAUUUCAUCGGCUGCAGCCGCUGUCUAGGGGAAAUGCUGGCGUAAGAACCGAAAUUUAUUCAAACCUCGUGCUGAUUGAAGAAGCAGAAGAGGACUCAGAUACUGAGGAUGAAGAGAACGAAUAUGGAAGCAGAGAUGAAGAUGAAGAUAGCGGAUUGAAAAAUAAUAAAAUAAUACCUACGAAUUUAUUGUACGAUCAUUCAGCAACAGCUUUCUCGAGUAGGACAAUUCACGGUGAACUGAGAACAUCUAGAGAUUUAUUGAAGAGCAUGUGUCUUUUAGGAUCAAGCAGCCAACUCGAGCAAGCGUUUUCUGAAUAUUUCAGCAAAUUUGUGCACUCGGCUCGAUUCCUCGAUUAUCCGUCACUCUCUCAACUCCUGAUACGUUCCGACGGAAUUUGCGAAGGUGGAAAAAAACAUAUUCUAGAUGCACUUCCAUUCAUCGGUACCAGUGCGGCUGUCAAAGUGAUGCGGGACUCAAUGGUAAAGAAAACAGUUACCAAAGAAAGAAGCGAUUCUUGGAUUACGGCAAUAGCUCUUAUACCGAGACCAGAUGCUUCAACAGUUGCUGCCCUAUUGCCUCUACUCGAACUCGAGCGUCAAGACUCAAAUGGUCAUUUAAAUCUCGUCUACUCGGCCGUCGUACGAGCUUUUUGUCUUCAUAAUAUCGGAAACACGGCGAGCCAACGACUCCAUCCGAGUUUUUUGCAUUCCGACGAUUGUUUAGCCAUCAAAGGUACCGGGAUAGAUCGUUUUCUUGAUCAUCUCGAAUCGACUAUCGAUCGUGGCUGUGCGCCAAGAGCCCACGAUGACGAAGAAGUAAAACGAACUCUGGAAGCGCUUAAAGCCAUAGGGAACAUGGGGCUUGAAAGAGAUGGACUGUUAGAUAAGCUUGAAGUUUGUAUAGAAAGUCCUGGAGGAUUUAUUUCAAUGGAGACAAGGGUAGCAGCUAUCGAUGCCCAUCGUCGCUUACCUUCUUGUCAGAAAACUCGCGACCGUAUUUUCCUGCCGCACUAUCGCAACAUUACCCUUGAACCUGAGAUACGAAUCGCUUCUUAUCUGCAAGCGAUGCGUUGUCCUGAUUAUAAUGUUGUCAAGACGAUAAAGCAUACUCUUAAAGUAGAACCCAUAAACCAGGUUGGCUCAUUUGUUUGGAGUCAUUUGACAAAUUUGAUUGCAUCAUCAUCGCCGACAAAAAUUCAAGUCCAAAGUCUACUCUCUGAUCGCGAUUUGAGCGAUAAAUUCAAUAGCGAUGGAAGAAAAUACUCGCGUAAUUAUGAAAAAUCAUUUUUCUCAGAAGAAUAUAAUGUCGGGGGCACUUUUCAAACAAAUGUUAUAUUUUCAUCGAAAUCAUUCGUGCCGAGAACGCUGACAUUUAAUAUAAGUCUUGACUUAUUCGGAGAAUCGGUCAAUGUCAUCGAGGCGACGGUGAGAAUGGAAGGCAUGGAGUAUUACGUUGAAAAAUUUUUCGGACCAAAUGGACCAUUUGCCAACGAGGAAAUCUCCCGGCACAUAAAUACUCUUCUGAGAAGUUUGAGAUCUGCCGGCGAGGCAGAAAAUUAUUGGGAAAGCUUGAAAACUAUCCCAAAUAUUAUUGACAAUAAUUUUAACGAUCCACGGAUUAGUUUUUCGUACAAAAUUUUUGGUAACGAGCUUGAGUUUGCUAUGCUGAGAGGAAAAGAUGAAAUCGCUAAAUCACUGGCAACUUUUAACCCUUGGUCGAAAAUUAAAAACUUGCUGUCCGGUCGAGAGAUUCAUUAUGAGUACACGGGAAUGUUUUUAGAUGCAAGUUAUAUCGUUCCAAGUACAGCUGGUUUGCCAGUACGACUAGACCUUUCGGGAUCAGGGGCGUGUAAUUUCAAAUUUUCUGGACUUUUGGACAGUGAUCGGCUUAUUAAAAACACUGAGAUGCAACUUACUGGUAAUUUAUCUCCAAGUGUCAGUAUUGAUGUCACUGGAAAAAUGACAGUAGACGCAUUUUACAAAAGCGCAUCUAUGAAACUUAUGAGCAAUGUCUACUCAUCUAGCGCCGUAAGAGUCGGCUUGGACAUCCAAGGGAUCAGACUCGUCAGACUUAAUCUCCAAGUACCUAAUCGUAAGCUGCAAGUGUUCACCGUACAAACAAAUGUACUUCUCGUAAACGGAAACGGAGCGGAGAGUUCAGAAAAACCAGCACUCAUAUACACACAAGUUCCUAAUAAAUAUAAAACUAUUGCCGAUUCUACUUGUAGUUGGCCGAUAGUUGAACAACUAAUUGGUUUGAAACUUUGCUUCGACUAUCAAUUUCCGAAUGUUACUGAUACUGCCAAUGCCCCGUACUUUAUUCUCAAUGGCCCGACGCUUUUCCGCACAUCCAUCAUCAAAGCCGACCCCAGCGCUAAGAGUUAUCUUUUCGAAUACACGUGGAACGCAACACCGACUGACAGUCAACUAAGACUGGCAUUCGAUACUCCCGGGUCACUGAUCAAUCGAGAAUCAAGCGCGACUGUGAGUUUCGACGCUAAAACUCGAAAUGUCAGCAUCAUUUUGAAAUCCGCUGGAAAUAGUCUUGUUGCCAAGGGUACUUACAAGCGAACUGAUGAUGAGACAAUGAUUAAUGUCGGCUUAGAUAUAAACGGCACGAAACAUUUGGACGGAUAUAUCGGGUAUCAAAGGAAACCUUACAGUCAUGGUUUUGUGUAUAUGCCAAAACUCGAUGUCCGCGUAAAUGAUGAAAAAAUUGUAGAGUUAUCUGGUACAAUAAAAAAUAUUCAUAAAAAUAAUGUGACUCAGUGUGACAUAGAUUUGAACUUCCAAACAAAAAAAAUAAAAAGUCGGAUACGGGGAUACAUCAUAAGAAGAAGUAUAAGUUUGACGGGUAAUGUAAAACUCGAGUACCAGCUUCAGAACAUGAACAAAGAAACUUUGCAAAUAGAAAUAGGGAUAACGAACCGCUCGACGAGGACACUGACGCACAAAGAAGCUAAUUUGCAAUUACAGUCAAGCGCAUAUCCGGAAUUAAAUGCGAUUAUUAACACGUGGUAUCAGCAGGCGCUAGGUCAUUUAGAAUUGCACAUGGAGAUAAACGGAAAGCCGCAUUUGAAAGACGAUCGGCAUAAAUUAACCGCUCAGUUAGUUCUGACUUAUUCGAAAGCAUAUUUUCAAAGUCAGGAAGCUAAAAUGAAUGCAUUCAUUGCAAUAAGUAAGCCUAUUCAAAAUAUCGAUAUAAAAAUUGGCAUUCAGCGAUUUUCAAUAGGACCGGCUUCGAAAACUUACUUAUUGAUCAGAUACGCUCCGGGAAAAGAAAUAACUCUUGCCAUUAAUUUAAUAAUGCCACGUGGUUCGAUGUUUGCUAUUGAAGGCCAUGCGAACAUGACGAUUCCAAACUUAGACUCACUGCUUAUUGAUGUCCGCAUUACAGAAAAAUCUCGCGGUGAGUAUGACCUUGAUUUCGCUGGGACCUGGUUCAGCGGUCACAAUGCAACUAUUCGCGGUACUUAUGCUGACCGGUCAAUCAUCACCAGCGAGCGUCGUACACUGAGCCACAGUUUAAAAUUAAUUUUGAGAUCGCCGAGUUUGCCACAAGACAUAUUACUUAAUUGCAAAUAUUAUCGCGAUCAUGUGGACACUAAAUUGGACGUUGUUGUGGAGUAUCUUGAUUCAGAUAAAUAUGCAAUUAAAUUUCAAAAUUCAAUUAUUUCAUUAACGCGUUUUCUGACGUACGCGGAGGCGCGAUGCAGAAAUACUGUCUACGCAGUGACGGCGAAUGUUGAUGUCGAGCGAGAAAUAAGACUAGAGCUACAUCUUGAUAAUUGGAGAGAUGUUCAUGUUAUUGCAACUGCUAUUAAUCAAGAUACGACUAAAGAAUUUGGUUUGGAAAUAAAGUGGGACGCGAAUCGAGAUCCUGCGAUGAAAUUUACAACUCUUUUACACUUCAGUAAAUUUUAUCAAGAUCAUCCGACGCUGUCGCGUAAUCUCAGUGCUACGGCAAUGAUUUCUUAUCCCGGAAGACUAUUCACUGGAAAUUGUUUUCUUGGUGUUAUUGAAGGACAUAAUUACGUACUGGAUGCACACGUGGACUGGGAUCCAACAAAAAAUAUACGGAUUACAGUUGACGCUGAUUACGACCCAGAUAAUUGGAAAAAUUAUUUAAAACUUGACAGCCAAAUGCUUACGCCAUUUGAGCAGUGGAAAAAAACUUCGUUUUAUGCUAGACAUCACUGGACGAACGAAGAAUUCAAAGCAGACUGUGGUCUUAAUUGGCAAGAUAACGAACGGUUUCUUAUUCAGAUCUACUCUAGUUCUCAGGAGACCGAGAAUUCGAUCGAAUGGAAAGCUGACUGUGGAUUAACAAGUACUGUGCACUCAAUAGGUUGGAUAACGACCAACUUAACACAUAAAGUUAUUCAUGAGUCAAGUACCACCACUUUUGAUUCCCAUUUCCUCGUAAACUAUAGCCCCGACAAAGUUAUUGAUCUGCGAAGUCUCUGGCAUUUCAAUGAAGCCUUGAAACCCGAAGAUAAUGUCACUCUCGCAGGUAAUUUACGAUUUGUAUCACCAUUUGAUAAUUAUCAAAAUGGUGACAUAAAAUGUCAGUUGAGGAUGAUGUCCAACUGGAAGUUUGACGGAAUCACGAGUAUUGAAAUCGAUAAGCGAAAGUAUACGGGAGUUUUGCAGGGAGAUUUGACCCGCAUAAAAGAGUCUAUGGUACAAUUCAAUAUAACGACACCCCUUGAAAAAUAUGCAUUCGUCCAAGGAAGAUUUGGUUUAUCUGAGCGCGAGAAACAUGCUGUCGCUGAACUUGUUUUACCAUCAGGACCGAUCGGAAUCGAAGCGCUGUGUCGUCUAUUUACGGCUACUAGUUAUGAUUUUAAUGUUAUGCUCCGAGUGUCCACUCCUAUUGAAGCCUUGCAGAGAUUUUUAGUGGUCACGAAGCUCGAAAAAACUGAAGCUGACUUCCGCAUCGCUUUUAACAAUAUCACUGCCGGAUUCACUGCUGUCUGGCACUACAACAAUCUUACAGACUUUCACUACAGCUACGUCCUCUUCACUCCGAUCUACGGACUCCACGAAAGCGGAGUCGUCGCAAAACUUAUUGUCGUUGAUGGAGACAAUGAAAACAGCCGUUUUUCCGGAGCUGUUGACACGGAAUUUUCUAUAAGAAUUGUCGAGACUAAAUUUGGGGUUCAGCUUAAAGCGGGACCGAAGUUUUCUCCACUGCAAAUGCUGUCUGCUGAAGAAAGACUCGUUGACUUGAGUUUUGAACCAGAAGACGAUGACUUUAGUUGGCGAGGAGAUGUUGAGAUAAAUGCAGCGAUUAUUGAAUCGAUAUUCGGUACCCUGGAUAUCGAGAAACAGGGAAGAAUGUAUCAGGUAGCCGGGGUACUGCAUAUUCCCCAGGGUUCGAUUAAUCUGGAUGAUAGAUUUGUGAUAGAAGACUUUUUCGAUAUGAAGAAUACACUGGAAAUAAAGACACCAUUUACUUGGACCUCGGAAAUAAUUUCUCUGUAUAUAUUUAAAGUUGACUUAGAGAACUCAAUCUACUUGUUAGACAUGAAUAUCCACGUUAAUAAAAAUGACUCAACGACGUGGAUCGAGAGCGGUCUUAAGGGAAAUUAUUCAUACAUGGAACAUGACGAGGACGAUUAUAAAAUCCACAAGUUACAUAUCAUAUUCAAUACACCGACGGUAUUUAUUGGGUACGUGGACGCCCAAGGGGUACUCGAGCUCGAUGAAAAUACUUAUAAAACUAGUAUUGCUUUAAAAACCAAUGAAAGUCUUGCGGAAUUUGUCGGGUCGCUUGAAUUGGAACAGGCGUUCUUUGAUGGUUCUGUGACCGUCCAUAUCGAUUCCCCUAAUUUCAAAAUACCAAAGAUGAAAAUAGAUGUUAAAAAAGACUUUUAUGAAGUUGAAAAACGGCUGGAGUGCAGCAUUGAAUUGGACGAAUCAAAAGAUAAUCGAUGUCAAUUUCGCGCGCAGUGGAACAUUAAAUCUGAGGACAAUGUUAAAUUAUUUGUUGGACUUGAAACGUGGAUACCGCCUUUGAGAAAUGUGGAGUUUGACAUAUUCUACGAUAAUAAUUUAUCACCUAAUAAAACUUUAGCCGUGCAGUCUAAAUUAAAAUAUCUCGAGAGUGAGUAUAAAUUAUCGGGUGCUUUACGUUCAAACGGCACAGUCGAUAUUGAUUUAUCCGCACCCGACGGCAUCCAGGGUUUCGAUUGUCGAUUUGACGGUUUGCUUGACUCAGACAAUAAACUUACAGGAAAAUUAAUAAAUUUGCGUACAUCGAAAAUUUAUAACGUCCAAGGUUUGUUUGAUGUCACUAAAGAACCAGAUACUUCGAAAAUAAACGGUCAGAUUACUUUUGCUCCCGAAGACGAUCAAGAGAAAUCUCAGACGGUUAAAUUUUUUAUCACGCGUGAAAAAUACGGGUUUGAUUUAAAAAUAGAAAGCGAAUCAACGAACGGAAGUGCAUCGCUCAGUUACACAAAUCCGCUUAACUGGGACGUAAGUCUCGAAGCCGAUUGCCCAUCAGCCGAUUCCGAUGAUGAGUCUAAAAUAAAAAAAUAUCACUUAGAUGCGUACACAAAUGUCCAAGUAAAUGGCAACACCAGCAGUUAUAUUUACGUGUCAACUCCGUGGCCUGAAUUCGAGAGCUUUCAGCUUGACGGCAACCUCUUUCUUACAAAUUACACUGGGGAUGUGAGAAUAAAACAUUAUCUCAAUAAAGAUAAUGGACGUAUUAAUCUUGCCUGGAAGCUGCUCUACAUGACUGAUAUGUUUUUGAAAUUGAGCGGCGGCAUGAAUGACAAAGAUGUUGAUGUUAAUUUAUUCUUCGAAAAUCCUCGGCGUGCUUUCCGCAAUGUCAAUGUUGGAUUUGACAUCAAUAUCGAACGAGAUGUAUGGAGAUGUGCAGCAAAUACUAGUAUUGGGUACCGUGAUACUGAAAAUAUCGACGCUGUUAUUGCAGUAAGACUUCCGCCGCCAAAUAAUGACGAUCAUCGUGUACUAGUAAGUUAUCACGCAAAAGGAGGUAUUCAAGACGCAACAUUUAUCAUUGGAUAUAACGCCGCUAAGGCGAUGAUUAAUUACGCCUCUGACGGCUCAAUUCGCAUGGCGGAAAAAAAUUUAGACGCUCAUCUUCGAUUCUCCUGGGACAAUUCAGCGACGAGUGCCUUCAAUAAUAUUCUAAAUGUCACCUUUGAUCAAAAGCGCAUUGGAUUAAAGUAUUCUCUGUACACUCCGCAAGCUAAAACAGAAGAAACUGCGAUAGUUUUAUUCAAUUACGAUGGACAAGGAGAAGAGAAAAGUAUUAUUGAUACAGAUAUUUAUUAUCCGGCACGACGACGCAUGGGUACUGCACAUAUUUCUUACUCGAGUUUAUCGAAUAUCAAUGGUACUUUGAAUGUUACGACGUCUAUAGCAACCUUUCCUUAUGCAGCUUGUAAUUUUAUCGUACUUACAACCUUGAAACAAAAUAAGAGAUUCAUUGAAUUAUUUUGGUCAAAUGAAAGUGCUCUAUUUAAUUCAGACUAUUCAUAUCACAGCGAGAAAUUAGACUCAAAUCUCGAAGGUAUUAUUAAAUUAGAAGUACCCUUGAGUACUCGUCAUGUAGCGGAAUUAAAUUAUGGAUACAAAAAGCGCCCGCAAGUGACAACAGGUCACGCGGAUCUUGUCUACAAUAAAAAUAAAAUAGUUGUAGCUCGUUACAAUUCAAAAGGUGAGUCCCGAGCGGGUUUCGAAAAAGACAGCAUCCAAAUAACUAUCGAGAAUUCUUAUCAGCCGCUUGGUAUUACGUAUGUAAAUCAAUACACCUACAGCGCUGGUAAUGCGGGUACAAAUUAUCCAACAGUCGAAUGGAGACGCGUCAAUGUCUAUCGUCUUGAUAAUAGUUCAGCUUUCAAUAUUGCCGGAGAGUCUCAAGUUAAAACAUUCCACGAAGGCCAGGAAAUGGAAUUUAAAGCCGAGCAUCUGAAUCGCACUGUCACUCUGCGUACUGACUAUCGUAUAUUAUCCGGUGAAUUUGAUCAUAACUGUUGGAUUGAAUUGGCUAAAGAUGCAUGGGCUUCUUACAAACUUAAUAUCGUAAAUAAAACCACUGAACAAGUUGACAAUCAAUUUAUCAUUAUAAAUGUCGCUUAUCCCCGGCGCAAUAUAAGUCUAGAUGGCUUUUAUUGGAUCGCUGCCGGGGAACUUAACUCCGAAGCGAAACUUCGUUGGAAUAAAACAAAAUCCCACGUCCGGGAGUCGAGUUUCGAUGACGACAAUGUUGAUGGCGAUGAAUAUGAAAAUGUAAAUGAAGAUGAAAGUACCUUGCACGAACGUACCAUCGGUCUCGCAUUUUUAUGGAAAAACAUAACGCGCAAUGAAGAUCACGGAGAUAAGCAGAUGGCAGUUUUAAGUUUGAAACAUCCUAGUUUCUCUAAAGACGCAACAAUAACAGGGCAUUUGAGCAGACGAGAUAAGACGGCUGUAUUAAAUGCGAGUCUCGUUGUAGAUUAUUCAGAUAAUCCAGACAAACUUGCAAGACUCUUUACUGUUAUCAACAACGAGACACGUGAGUCUGGUGAUAUUCACUGGAGUUAUGUAAUCAGUGGAAAGCAUCCGCAGACACACUUAGAUCUUGAUGUUCAUGGUUUCAUUAAAAAAAACUCUAGCUACUUCGUGCUGACAGACCACAGAGCUAAAUUUCGCCGCAGUUAUUUGCCCGAAGAAACUGGCCAGCUGUUCACGCGCAUCGAUCCAAAUAAUUACCAAGUUGAGUACCAUCGCGAGAGUACCGAUCUCACAAAACACAUUGAUCUGGCUUACUACCCCUUCAAUUCUGAGUACGUCGUAAACGGCAGUGUUAUUGAUACUCCUAAAGAUUUGAAUGCCACCGGUGCACUUUACAUUAAUAUUCCCGAUAAACUGACUUGGCUGAUGGUCAAUUACACGCCCGACUCAACUAAAAGUCUUAGAAUGUAUGGAAACAUUCCAGAUGCACGUAAUGGAGAAUUCAAUAUAUGGAGAACUUAUGAACGUGACCUCGUUAUUUCAGAUAUUUCUUUCUACUUGCGAUUAAAUCAUUCCCGGUUGGUUACUUCGAGACUAGACUGGCGGCCGGAAUUACGAAGUGACAUAACUGAGUUUAUCAGAACUACCAUCACUGAUUUUUACAAUGACAUUGGUAAGGAUUUAGACUACUGGAAGCAUUAUGUGAGAAGUGAAAUAGUCAGCGCUACGUCGGACAUCUGGGAAGAUGCGCAAGAAGAUCUUGAAAAAUUAGUCGACGACUGGAAUAAUUUGAAGGAACUUGAUGAUGAUUUGAAUAGACUCAAGGUUUAUUUGAAUGAUUCUUACAACGCAAACGAUUUUUAUAUUAAAGACUUAAUGGCGAUUGGAGUUUACGUUAUUGAUGAGCUCGCUCUGAGAAGUCACAUCGAGUCGCUGCCAAAUAUUCUCAAUGAAAUUUGGGAAAUAAUGGGUGAGUCCGGCAAAGCCAUUCGCGAUUCGUUGGUUUGGAUAAUUGAUGCGGUUAAAAAUGGUUAUAAAAAAUUAUCUGAAAUAGUGAGCGCGAUACUUAAAGGAGAAUCGAUAACGCAGAUAGCUCACAUUGUUGAACAAAUCGUCGAGAAGUAUGACAAGUUUGUCAAAGAUCUGCAUGUGUCGUUUAUAAAAUACGUUGAAAAUUUGUGGAAUAAAGUAGCGCUCGCGAUGUCCCGUCAGUGGGACAGGGUAUUGAAAAUGAUUGAGCCGAUGUUCAUCAGAGUACUUCAUUAUCUAGAAGACGUCUUGUGGAAAGCGAGUAAAGAAGUCGUUGAUUUUCUAUACGAUCGCCAGAAUGAGUUGAUAAAGUCACCGUACUUUGAUCGGUUUACAAACUUUACUCAGGACGUUGAUAAACUAUAUCGUGAUAUUAAAGCCAAUGACAUUAUUACAAAUAUACGGAAGUACUCGGCGAUUGUUAUCAAUUUUAUACGGGAACGUUACUUUACUAUGGUACCGUUCGGCAAAGAACUCAAAGAUCUCGUUGAAGAAAUAGCCACCGAGCUCGCGGAGCUCAAAAAAUUGCCGAGCAUUAAUUUCGCGCUGGAAAAAAUCCAUUACAUUUACAACAGAGCGAGUUACUUUUACAAAUAUUUUGGGGUUCAGAGUAAAAUUGAGGGCGCAAUUAAAAUUAUCCAGGCUAAAUUAACGGACAUAAGUCAGACGGCUUUGCAAGCUGAGAGUAAAUACCGGGAAGCAAAAACGAAAUUUAUAUUUGAUCCGAAUGUGGGCCUGAUGACUUUGGAGCAAAAAUUACCAAUGUCAUGGCACGCGUUUAAUCAGACACCGGAAUUUCAAGAGAUACCCGAGUACCGAGCGCUGGUGGACAUUCAAAAUUAUUUUUCAACUUCAAAUGCAACAUUUUGGACUCUUUACUAUCGUUACAAACCUUACACAGACCCCUACAAUUGGUUGCCGCCAUUCAAAGCCCAGGCGAUGAUUGUCGGCCGUCAGCACUUUGUUACUUUCGAUGGCAGACAUUAUGAUUUUGCUGGUACAGAAACUUAUCUACUGGCUCAUGAUUUCAUUGACAAUAAAUUUGCCGUUUUUAUUUCAUACUCACCCAGCGAAACGAACUCUUCGAUAAUAGAUCAUAAAAUAAUAGUAACUAUCGGGGAUCAGAGUCUUCAAGUUGAUGUUUUUAAUGACAGCAUUAAAUUCGCCGAUUCAAAUGCAAUAUUACGGCUGCCAGCUGAAUUUAAGAACGCCACGGGAUUUGUUUAUCAAGAGGAAAGUAUCGUGACUAUUGAAUUGAAAAAUAAUCAAUUUAAAUUGAAAUGCAAUUUCAAAUACGAUGUGUGCGUAAUACAAUUGUCCGGUUGGUUCUACGGCAAGACUGCGGGAUUACUGGGAACGAUGAAUAAUGAACGAUGGGACGAUACCAUUGGAUCGGAUGCCAAAGUGACUGAUGAUAUUGCCAGCUUUGCUAGUAGCUGGUCCAUUUCUCGGGCGCCAGAUCCCCAGGAUCCAGACAAACCUCAAAAUUUAGCUCACAUCGGCGACAGAAAAUCACAAGUUUUCGAUUUCUGCUUCAAUCUAUUCGCUAACCAGAGCUCGGAGUUUAGCGACUGCUUUAUGGUUGUCGAGCCAGAGUAUUAUACCGAAGCAUGUCUGAACACCAGGUCGAUGUCUGAAGUAUGCACGCUGGCGAUAUCUUACAUGCAAAUUUGCGGGUUCUAUGAUACGUAUCUCAGGAUACCGGAUAAAUGCACCACUUGUACGAUGACUAACGGCUCGAGUGUACUGGAAGGAGAAUUUCGUAAGCUAGAAAACAAUAACGUCCCCAAUUCAACGGACGUUGUCUUCAUCGUCGAGGCUAAACCAUGCAAUCAAAAUAUACGAGAGAACCGCAGUAUAGAUUUACUUGUUGCGCAACUCAACAAAGAAUUUAAUGACAACAAUCUUAAAGACAAUAGAUGGUCGUUGGUUGUCUUUGGAGGUGAUGGUGUCUAUGAUAUGCCAAGAAGUCAUACGUUGGACAGUAGAAUAUUUUCAGAUGACAUAAAUCGAUUUGUUAAUUAUUUUGACAACAUUAAAGUCGGUAACGGCAACCAAGAUGUUUUCGCAGCGAUCGGUUUCGCUUCUCAAUUAAUAUUCAGGGCUGGAGUUUCGAAAACAUUUAUAUUGAUGCCGUGUUCUCACUGCGAAUCGCAAAACCAAACGCUCGACUACUCGGUCCUGCAUCAAGUUCUACUGGAACAUGACAUCACUCUUCACAUUCUCAUGGACGGAGAUUUCAAUUUCAAAAAGCAGCGACUAAAUAAAAUAUUUUACGGCAUAGAUGCCACUAAAUCUUACACUAAAAAAGACGCCAAGGAAUUGGUAGGCGAUGUUGAUUUGAGAAGACAAGUUAAAUUACCGAAGAGCGCUCUUGGAUACUGCACACCUCUGUCACUAGAAACCAAUGGUACGAUAUUCAGCGGGAAUAAACUCCGCUUUGAUAAGCCGUCAUCAAUUAAAAAAUUCGCAAAUGUGUUUGCCAAAAGAGUGACCUUGACAGCGAACUCCAGUCCUUGUCAACAUUGCGAAUGCACUGCUGACAAUGACGGAGUCACUCAUAUGGAAUGUAUGCCUUGUGUGUAUCCAAUGCCUGCUGCUGUUGAUUACGUCAGCGAAACAUUCAAUGAAGAUGACUCAUACUCAUUACUUCAACCAUUGGAAGCUGAUUACGCUCAAAUCGACGGCGAGGAUGAUUGAAAUAACUUUUUAAAUUAAAGAGAAUGUUAUUAUUUUAAAAUAACAGCACUGUUGAUUUAGUGCACUUAGUAUAUAUAUAUAUAUAAUAUAUAUAUAUACCUAUCUAUAUAUAAUUUGUAUAUUUAUAAUUAAUUUUCAAUUUGUAUAUUUGAAUAAUAAUCAUAUGAGUAGAGGCUCAUAACA